AUGCACCAGCGGUGUUCGUGCAUGCGUUUGGAUGCAGGGUGGAACCGGGGGUACGUAUGCUUUUUCCCCUUUGUGUAUCUUUGUUGUCUUUCAAUCUUGCUCAAGGCCAACCGUUGGCUUGGAUUUUCGAGCCAUUCGGUCCCGUACCGCAAUUGCAGACCGCCACGGAAUGAAUCAUCCCGCCCGGCCUCGUCCGGUAGAUCCAUCGCUUCCAGCCUCCAAGUCUGA